AUGACUUUUGCUCUUGUUGCCGGAGGAGAGGUGAGAGAGAAAGUCGGGAAGAGAGGGGGAGAGCGUCGACGACUUUUGCUCUUGUUGCCGGAGGUCGAAACUGGAGGCGAAGGGGAGGCGGCGAUCGCUGAGCUGGGGCUGGGUCGGUGCGCGGACACAAUCAUUGGGAACAGCUUCGUGCGCGGUGUCUCCGGCGGGGAGCGGAAGCGGGUGAGCAUCGCGCACGAGAUGCUGGUGGACCCCAGCCUGCUGGUCCUCGACAAGCCGACGUCGGGGCUCGACGCCACGACGGCCUACCACCUCAUGGCGGCGCUGGGGGGCCUCGCGGCGAGGGGGAAGACGGUGGUGAUGUCGGUGCACCAGCCGUCCAGCCGUGCCUACCAGAUGUUCGACGAUUUGCUCAAACCAUACGUGGGUAAAGUGUUGAAGACAUUGGAUGAAGCGUAUGAGUUUUAUUCUAUGUAUGGACAUGCAGUGGGCUUCGAUACUCGUAGGGGGGGUAUUAAAAGAGGCAAACAUCGACAAGUAUUGUAUCAAUACUUCAUCUGUAGAAGAGAAGGUGUGAAGCCGGACUCGAAGAAAGAUAUAUCAGAAUCAAGUGUUCAAAAGAAAAUACGACGCCGGAAACCAUCUACCAGAAAUGGCUGUAAGGCUCGUAUCACUGCAACACUUAAUGAUGAUGGCAAUUAUGUUUUCACCAGCUUCUCUGAAUUACACAAUCAUUCCCUCGUAACUGAAGAUGUUCGUCACCUUAUGAAAUUCAAUCGCAAAAUGGAUGAGUCACAUCAGAUGAUUAUGCUGAAGUGUGCCAAGUCCAAUAUUGGACCAGUGAGGGCAUUUCGUAUUUUUAAAGAACUGGUUGGAAGUUUUGAGGAAGUGGGGUGCACCAGCAAGGACUUUAAAAACCUAUCGUACAACAUGAAUUCAUACGCGGAUGGUGUUGAUGCACAACUACUACUUGACAGGUUUCUAAGUAAACGUGAAACUGAUGAAGGUUUCAAGUGUGAAUAUUUAGUUGAUGAAACUCACAAGGUGAAGAGUUUGUUCUGGAGUGAUGUUGUUGCUGUUCAAAAUUACUCGUUGUUUGGUGAUGCGGUGUCCUUUGAUGCCACGUAUACAACGAACAGGUACGACAUGAUUUUUGCUCCAUUUACCGGCAAGGAUAAUCAUGGUGGGUGUGUUACAUUUGGAGCAGGGUUACUAACCAGAGAGGACGUGAAUUCAUACUCAUGGAUUUUAAAACAUUUUAUUGAAUGCACGGGAACCGCUCCUGCAAUGAUUAUAACAGAUCAAGACCCAGCGUUGAAAAUUGCUGUUGAAAAUGUAAUGCCCAACACUAGACACAGGUUCUUUGAUUUUGAAAGGAAAUGGACAGAAGUAUUAGAUCAGUAUGAGUUGACUGACAACACAUGGCUUGCCGAUAUGUUUUCACUCCGUUCGUAUUGGAUACCUGCCUACUUUCGAGAUUUGAGCAUGAGCGGCUUGUUUAGAAUGACAUCAUUAUCCGAAAGCGAGAAUAGUUUUUUUCGGAGAUACUUGAAUCGGAAUUCCAAUCUCGCUGCAUUCUACAUUCACUUUGAGAGUGCUAUGGAGGCACAACGGCAUAAUUACAAACAGGCGUGCAUUGUAGAUCAGACAACGGUGCCCCAAUUGAAGACUCACACCCCACUGGAACACCAUGCCUCACUUAUAUACACCAGGAAUGUGUUUAUGGAUAUUCAAAUGGAGAUCAUUGAGGCUGUUGAUAGAUGCCGCAUAAAGUCAAUGGAGACAGACGACGACGAGCAAUGGUACUCCGUAGAUGACAGAUCUAAUGGUGUGUUUAAGGUUGUGCAUAUAGCGUCUGAAGAAACCAUUACAUGCUCCUGCAAAAAGUUUGUGAUGGUUGGUCUUAUAUGUCGACAUAUGUUUGUUGUUAUGCGAAACGUGGGAAUGAAGUUAAUUCCUUCCAAAUAUAUAGUACAUCGAUGGCUAAAGGCUGCUAGUGCAGAAGUUAUAUCAACUAGCAACAUGAAGUCACGCAACAAGUCAUUGAUGGCAGAGGCUCUUCGUUGUAUUGGCAUUGCAGAAGGGAAUGACGAGCUAGUUGAUUCACUCUUAACAGAACUGAAACGUUGGGCAGAAAUUAAUUCAGACGGUGCACAAUGCUUGUCUCCGGCGAGCGGGAAGCAAAAAAUGUUUAAAUUAUUUUAUGGUUCGAAGAUCCCUUCAGUUGUAACUGUUCAUCCACCAGAUGCCGUGAAGACUAAGGGAAGUGGCAAGAGAUUGAAGUCAACUUAUGAGGUAGCAGCUGAAAAGGCGAAAAACCAAAGAGAAGAUGCAGGAAAUGUCGCCGUCUAG